AUGUCAGCAGCAGAACUCACAAAGCGGCAAGUGCCGAAAGUCAAAAUGAGCACUACGAACGACCUCGCAAACCAGCCAAAGGCCAAGGUGCGAACCAUAACAUGGCAGGAGAUUUGCGAAUGGCAGUUUGACAACAAGUAUAUACUUAGUGGUUAUCGACCAGCAAUAGCAGACUAUCUGGAGAUCUUUAAUAGCCUGACCUUUUUGCACAACGAGGCUUGCAAUGUGUACACUCAUCUGAUCGGGGCAUUACUCCUACCAAUCGUCGCAAUUACCUCCUUACGGUACCUAGCAGAGCCUCAAUUUCACAAUCUCUCGUCUAUGGACUACGCUAUAUUUGGAAUCUACUUCUGGUGUGCGGAGAUCUGCUUGGUCCUUAGCGCACUAUACCACCUGAUCCAACCCUACUCGCAUCAAGUAGAACAGUUCUGGCAUGGAAUGGAUCUCCUUGGUAUUGUUAUGGUAACAAUGGGCACAUUCUGUUCCGGUAUCUACUAUUUAUUCUUCUGUGAAGCGAGCUUACAAAAAUUACACUGGGCUAUUGUCUUAACCACGGGUACUGUCACCGGUGUUCUGAUUUCGAAUCCCUUGUUCAGAACUCCACGCGGGCGGAAAGUGAAGGUUGGCGCCUUCGUUAUCUUUGGCGCUUCAUCGUUUAUACCCCUGCUCCAUGGAGUUAAACGAUAUGGGCUUGAAUAUAUGCUCGAAUAUUCUGAAGUAAAAUUGUAUCUGCUCGAACUUACUUUCUAUAGCAUUGGAGUCAGUCUAUACUCUUUCCGAAUUCCGGAGCGUUUGGCACCCUCGCACCAGAUCUUUCAUGUCGCUAUUUUAUGCGCAAUGUACACAUACCAGACUGCUCUGCUGCAAGGUUUCACAAGAUGUCAUACAUUGGAUGUGUGUCAGCUUCAGGGUGUCUCUUGGCCAAAAUGA